AGCCGACCGCAGGGAGCCGGGCACAGGGAGCACCGGAGGGCGGAGCGGAGCGCGGCCAGCGACGGGCGGCGAGCGAGCGACCCUACAGCAGCCCCCACACCUCCGCUGCCUGUGACCGCGCCUGCCCCCGGGGCCCGCGGCGGCCCGGCGCGCGAGCGCUGACCUCUGCGGAGGCGGCGCGGGCUCAGCAUCGGGCCGGGGCCGGGAGGGGCACCGGGGCCGGGGGGCGGCGCUCCGGCCCGGCCCGGCCCCGCCCGAUGUCCAUGAGUGCGAACACCAUGAUCUUCAUGAUUCUGGGGGCGUCGAUCGUGAUGGCCAUCGCGUGCUUGAUGGACAUGAACGCGCUGCUGGACCGAUUCCAUAACUACAUCCUCCCGCACCUGCGGGGCGAGGACCGCGUCUGCCACUGCAACUGUGGCCGGCACCACAUCCACUACGUGAUCCCGUACGACGGGGACCAGUCGGUGGUGGACGCAUCUGAGAACUACUUUGUGACAGACAAUGUGACCAAGCAGGAGAUCGACCUUAUGCUGGGGCUGCUUCUGGGCUUCUGCAUCAGCUGGUUCCUGGUGUGGAUGGAUGGCGUCCUGCACUGUGCCGUGCGCGCCUGGAGGGCCGGUCGGCGCUAUGAUGGCUCGUGGACCUGGCUGCCCAAGCUGUGCAGCCUGCGGGAGCUGGGCCGGCGGCCGCACAGGCCCUUCGAGGAGCCCACAGGGAACAUGGUGCACGUGAAGCAGAAGGUCUACCACAACGGCCACCCCAGCCCACGGCACCUGUGAGUGCACGGGACUUGGGGCUACUGUGCACAUGUAAAGGGACCUCGUGGACGCUCAGCUGGCGAGAUGGGACUGCGGCCUCAGGCCCAGGGUAUGCUGGGCUGUGGCCAGCUGGGCUGUGGCCCGCAGGCAAAUCCAGUGGAAGGUGCUGUCUCUUCUUUUUAUAAAGGGGGUCGGGUGGGGGCUGGGGUCGGGAUGGCCACUGGGCUUCAGGGACAGCAACCUGGUUUCCACAGUGAGCAGGACACAAAAGCAGGCUUUUAGAGGUGCUGGGGCCGGGGUGGUGGGUUCACAAUGGGGACAGGCAUGGCCUGGGUCACGCUAGCCUAAGGCCACAUCUCAUUGAAAGCACCACUGUUUCCUGUGCACCUGUUGUCCAUCCGUCCGUCUGGAGGGGAGGGGUGUUGUCAGGGGCCGGCGCCCAUCUGCACACGGGAGCAUGUGCAUGGGGCGUGUGGGACUGGAGGACUGGAGGGUGGGACUGGAAAGGCGGGCCCCCAGCAGCAAUAAAGACGCGGUGGCCCCAGGUGUCCCAGCCCUCACUGUGAAGCCCACCCUGCCUGGCCAGUAAAUUCUCCAGAA